CUGCCGCCGGACGUCAGUCAAAAAUGUUGGAAAGUGUGUCAAAUCAAUUUUAUUUCAUAUUAUAAAUUAUUAUUAAAUCAUAUAAAUAAAUAUACUUGGUUAUAAAGUAGUUUGUUUAAGUGCUAAUUGAUCUUUUAUUUUGUGAGCACGAGUUAUUACAAACACAGUUAAAACAGUAUUUGUUUGGUUUUCGACCAAAAUAGUCAUCAUGAUGAAAGUCUGGGACGCACACGGCGAGUUCUGCGCCAAACAUCAAUGGGAAGUCAUUGUGGCGACUUUGGCGUUGCUCGCGUGUGCCGCAAGUGUCGAACGGCACGCCAACCACGCCACCAGAUCAGAGAGAUGCGCAGGCUGGGCCAGAGCUUGUCCGGGUCUCGAAGCUGAGUACCAGGCUGCAGACGCUGUCAUCAUGACGAUAGUCCGCUGUGCCGCACUGCUGUACGCCUACUACCAAGUGUCAAACCUGCAGAAGAUUGCAUCAAAAUACCUAUUAAUAAUUGCUGGCGUGUUUUCAACAUUCGCUAGCUUCAUUUUCACUUCGGCUCUGGCAAGUUUGUUUUGGACGGAGCUGGCUAGCAUAAAGGAUGCGCCGUUCUUGUUUUUGCUUGUAACUGACGUUGCGAGAGGUGCGCGAAUGGCGAAGGCCGGUUGGAGCGCCGGCGACGAUCAGGGAAAGAGGGUUGGAAAAGCGCUUUCUUUGCUUGGACCAACAGCAACUUUAGACACACUUUUAGCAGCUCUACUGGUUGGCGUUGGAGGAUUGUCUGGUGUACCUAGACUGGAGCAUAUGUGCACGUUCGCUUGCCUAGCAUUAUUGGUCGACUACCUAGUCUUCGUGACGUUUUAUCCAGCGUGCUUGUCAUUGGUGGCAGACUUUGCUUCAGGAAAGAAGGAGUUAUCAACAGACAACCCAUUCAUGGAGGCGGAUUUAAAACCAAACCCAGUUGUGCAGAGAGUAAAGAUGAUUAUGGCUGCUGGUCUUCUCUGCGUGCAUUUAACGAGCAGGUGGCCUUGGACAAGGGAUAGCGGUAUGUUAGAUGGAUCGCUCAGCAACAACUCCAAUCCAUUACCUCACGAUAAUGUUUUGUUGGAUUCAUAUGUUAAAUGGUUUUCAGUAAGCGCCGACUACAUUGUCAUUGCAACAUUACUGUGCGCUUUAAUUAUAAAAUUUGUAUUUUUUGAAGAAACAAGAAACUGGGUGAUUGAUAUGGAAGAUAUGACUGUUAAAGAAGUGGUUCCAAGUGAAAAACCAGUUUUUACUAUUGGUGAAGAUCCAAAAGCUGAUAUCAGCGUUCAAACAGACGAUUUAAUUGGUUAUGAUGAAACCGAAUGGCCUACACUUUCACCAAGUGCCUCUGCUACGAAGUUGAAUGCUAAAAGACGACCAAUGGCUGAAUGUCUCGAAAUAUACCGGUCUGAAGGACUCGCAUCAGCUCUUACUGACGAAGAAAUCAUAAUGCUUGUCGAACAAUCACAUAUACCACUUCAUAGGCUUGAGACAGUAUUAGCAGAUCCACUGCGGGGAGUAAGAUUGCGUAGAAAGGUGAUAGCCUCAAGAUUCCAAACUGGAGACGCUGUUAAAAGUCUACCUUAUUUAAAUUAUGACUACAGUAAAGUAAUGAAUGCCUGCUGCGAAAAUGUUAUCGGCUUUGUUGGUAUUCCAGUAGGCUAUGCUGGUCCUUUAGUAGUAGAUGGUAAGCCUUAUAUGAUACCAAUGGCGACAACCGAAGGUGCUUUAGUUGCUUCGACAAAUAGGGGUGCCAAGGCUAUCGGACAGAGAGGCGUAACAAGCGUUGUUGAGGACAUUGGUAUGACCAGAGCGCCGGCAGUUAAACUUCCUAACGUCGUACGAGCUCACGAAUGUCGUCAAUGGUUAAACAACACAGAUAACUAUGAUCUCGUUAAAGAAGCAUUCGAUUCCACGUCGAGAUUUGCACGUCUUCAAGAAAUUCAUAUCGGUGUAGAUGGUGCAACUCUGUACCUUAGAUUCAGGGCAACCACCGGAGAUGCUAUGGGAAUGAAUAUGGUAUCAAAAGGUGCCGAAAAUGCUCUCAAAGUCCUCAAAAAUUAUUUCCCUGAUAUGGAAGUUAUCAGUCUUUCCGGAAAUUAUUGUUCAGAUAAAAAAGCGGCGUCCAUCAAUUGGGUUAAAGGUAGAGGUAAACGUGUUGUCUGCGAAACAACUAUAUCAAGCGAUAGUCUUCGAAAUAUAUUUAAAACCGAUGCUAGAACUUUGGCUAGAUGUAAUAAAAUAAAAAAUCUGUCUGGUUCCGCUUUAGCUGGUUCCAUUGGAGGAAACAACGCGCAUGCAGCUAAUAUGGUAACUGCGAUAUUUAUUGCUACUGGACAAGACCCAGCUCAAAACAUUACAAGUAGUAACUGCUCGACUAGCAUGGAGGUUUGCGGUGAUACUGGUGAAGAUCUAUACGUGACUUGCACAAUGCCCUCUCUGGAGGUGGGCACAGUAGGUGGUGGCACCGUUUUGACAGGUCAAAGCGCGUGCUUAGAUAUCCUUGGUGUUAGAGGAGCGGCCGAACGACCCGCAGAAAAUUCUGCUAAGCUAGGAUCCUUGAUUUGCGCUACAGUUUUAGCUGGCGAAUUGAGCUUAAUGGCUGCUCUUGUGAAUUCAGAUUUAGUCAAGUCACACAUGCGACACAAUCGAUCGGCGAUCAAUAUUAAUCAAGCUGCGUCUACGACCGAACUCACUCUGAAAGUUCCGCAGUUAUAGCUUAACUUGGUCAUGACAUGAAGCCUCGAAAUACUUCUGCCUAUUUGCUCAGAAACGUAUUAUAUGAGGCAUACAAACUCGAAAUAUAAUCUGUAUGUGUACACUUUCAUUUUAUCACCGUACUAAUAGCCUAGAGAACCUUCAUUUUCAUAAACGACCAUAUAAAAUUAUCAUGCAAUUUUUUUAAGUGAUUUGAUAUUGUUAUCUAAUUACUGAUGUUAGAAAGAAGAAGUUGAUAGCAAAUCAUAAUUCAUACAAAAUCACAAACAAACUGAAAAUCAUUUAAUGGAAUUCUAAUACUAGAGAUUAUACCUUGCUAUUUAGUUACGGUUAAAGUAUAUCUUGCGUCCAUUAUUUUGUAGAAACCAGAUGACAAAACCUAACGUAGUUAAUUUAUAGCAUAUCAUGACGGGUUUAAUCUAGAUGAUUUUACUGUAAUCAUACUUAUCAGCAUCGCUCAGUGCGUUGUCACAAAAUUGUGUAAAUUUCUGUUUUACAAAUGACGAGCGAUUGAAAUCCGUUAUUGAAUCAGCGUCUCAUUGAUGAUGUUAUCGCAAAUUAUUUCACGUAAUCUUGGCAUUGAACUGAAAAAUUAGUUACACCAGUGCGCUUUCCUGUUCAUCGUUGUACACAAAGCUUUUUAGAGGCCAAUUUGGCCUUCUCUUCCAAGUGACCACUUCUGUGAACUUGACGUCUUGUCUCACUUGAAAGUGUAUUGAUGCAGAUAGCUAUUUGUUUCUACUUUAGAUUUCUUACUCAUCUGGAAAUUUUAAUUAGUACGGAUUUCAUCGAUCAUCACUAGUAGAUAUCUACUUAAUUAGUUGGUAAACAAGUUUUAUAGUUGGGCUUUUAUUAGUAUUAGUUUAGCGUAGUAAUUUUGUUCGCUGUAGUCAUUGAAUGGUACGAGGCUUACACAUGUACCCUGUGGGACCCCGAGCGGGGUAUACUAAAAUAUGUGCUUCCAUUCUUAAUUCUAAGAGAUUAGAGACCAAUUUUUGUCUUUAUAUGAUUACCGUUAUGUAUUUAUGUAACUUUAAUAUUUGCGGUACGCUCAACCCGAUUGAUAACGAGAAGCGAUUUAGUCAAUUGGACAUACAGAUUCUAUAUAACUCCUACUUUAUUUACGCACAACUAAUCAAUACUAAUUUCCUAUAAAUAUUAGUUUUAAUUCUAUAUAAUAUGUACGUGUCAAAGGCGUCUUUUGGAGAGUAAAUGUGACAUAAUAUUAUAUUCUGUAGUAUGUAGGCGAUUUUUCGUUUGUUAGGUAAAAAACUUAACUGUUUUAUUUAUGUUAGAAAGCUGUAUACUAAUUAUUCUGUCUUAACUAUCUUAAUUUAGAUUGGGAAAACAGAAUAUCUCGGGUUACGGAUUACAUGUUGCGUCGUAGGUCAAGGUCGUCGUAUAAGACCCGAAAUCACUGACAUUAAAUGACCCCCACGUUUCUCUGGUGACGUCUCAAGAUCUGUUACAACGUAAUAGUUUUCGUAUAGCUCUAUUGGUAAAUUCAGAAUAAUUUUAUAUAUACAGCUGAUUUGAAUAUUUGGACAUAAUUUGCAAUAUGAAUUUUGAUUUGACAUUUUAUGCUUUUAUUUAAAUUAUAAAUACAUUGAGAUGAUGUAUAACUUUCAUCUACGGUCUGGUGGUAUUCAGGUACUUGGAUAGACUGUCCCCAAAUGGGGCACAAAUUACCGUGUGAUCUUACCCAAGAAUUAUAAUUUGCACACUUUCAUACAUCAGUCGUUUUCGAGUCGUCGAUGGUUUUGUCCAGAAGAGACAGGCACUGUGUUCUAUCUUAGAUUUGUUAAGUCGCAUAGUCGGUGGUAACUCUAUACCACACAAAGAUAUUACUUACCUAUUCCAUUGUUCAUUUUAAUCACUUCGUUCGUUAUUGCACAUGUCUUUCCAUCAGAUCAAAAAAAACUACUCAAGCCAUAUUUCCACAGUUAUGAGUAAAUUGAUCAUUUCUUCAGCACAAAUCUUGAUAAAAGAUAUGUAAAUUUAUUUCCGCAUUGCAGCCUCGUGCGGUGUUUUCCAAAAAUAAUUUUCGUUUUCACUACCGUCUGCGGCGGGUGUUAAUAAUACAUGAUAAAUUUAAGUGUUUGAUGUUGCUAUGUUUUUGUACGUAUUCCGGGUUUUAAUAAGGAACAAGAAAAUCUUAAUAAGUAAUAAUCGUAUACUUUAUAUCAGCGCCUCAUGCGCAGUUAUGCUUCCGGGUUACCUGUAUUAAAUUAAACUGUCAAAUCACUAUACAUUCGAUAAAUAUUUCAAAUUUGCGUUCUGCAAAAUGUAGAUACUUUAGAUCAAAUUGGUUUUAAUAGCUUAGCAGACGUAUAAGGUUAAACAGGCUGGGUUCUUAUUUUAACUAGGUAGUAAAAAGAUGGCCUCGUAGUACAAUCUUUGGCAAACAAUAGCUUUGAACGGCCUAUCGGUCAAUUUUGGUUUAUGCGAAUUCUGUGUGGAAAUAACGAGAUUAUAAUAUCUGUGAUUCUUAUUUGAAACGGUUUGACCUUCUACUUUUCAAGAUCACAAAUAUUUCUUCAAAACAAAAACUCUAUUUAAUAUUUAUUAAAAUAUUUUGCAAUAUCAGAUACAAUCAAAAUAGUGAGAUGAAAGAAUAUAUUAUUAUGAUCGUCACAGCGAGUGAGUGUCGUAAAGUAUUUAGCAAUGUCGGACUCACAGGACCUUCAGAGAACACAGUUGUUAAGCAAGCGUUAAUAGUUAAAGAUAAGUGACCAAAAGGCAUGAACAUAGAGUUUUUAUCCUUCUCUUUGUUGUUCUGCAUUCAAAAGUUACCACUUAUCGAGUGUUUUCUCGUGAAUUUUUUUUUUGCACACUUUGAUUUAACUUGCUGUUUUUGUUCUGGCCAAAUCUUAAAUCCGGUGUCCUCAAACGAUUGAGUUGAAAUUAUAUAUGAUGACUGAGUUCCGAAAACAAUUUAUUUUUAUGAUGAACAUGACCUGGAUUUACAGGAACUCGUUUGGUUAUAACAAUAAUGUUCCCGGACCAACACUAAUAAAAAUCAUUCUCAAAUUGCGAAUCUUCAAGGAUCGUUUGUGUAUUGAGUUGACUAGUGGGAAGCUCCUUUGCACAGGAUGCCGGCUAGAUUGUGGGCACAACAACGCCGCUUCUUCUGCCAUGAAGCGGUAAUGCGUAAGCAUUAUUGUGUUUCUGUCGAAAGGGCGCCGUACCAAAUGAAAUUGCUGGGCAAAUGAGACUUAACAUCUUAUGUCUCAAGGUGACGAGCGCAAUUGUAGUGCCGCUCAGAAUUUUUGGGUUUUUCAUUAAUACUGAGCGGAACUGCAUAGUAAUGGGCAGGGCGUAUCAAUUACCAUCAGCUUAACGUACUGCUCGUCUAGUCCCUUAUGGUCAUAAAAAAGAAAGUUUACUAGUUUCCCGUUUAGGGUGGGGUCAGUAUUUUGUGUGUUAUCAUUAUGAAGUAAACCCUAUUCUGAAAUUUACGGAGGGAUCCCCUCCUUCGGGUUGAAGUUUUGAACUGAUCCCUUAAUGCCACGUCCAAGUUAUCAUCCCACCACUAUCACCUUGGUCAUCAUGCUGUGAGGCGAUUUUUGAAUUUAAAUGCGCACGAAUAUAAUUAUUUUUUAUUAAUAGUUGACCAUAAUUUAAUGCAUAUCUAACAGACUCUGAUCCUCGGUAAAACUACAAUGAUUUUAUGGAAUAGGUAUACUAGAACUGCGUGCAUCUUCAUGCAAUUUACUUGGAAUAAGUACCCAAUAAUUAAUGUUCUUUUAAUUAUGUGUAAUUAAUUUAUAUAAUGUAAUCACGUAUAUGACUCUCAGUAAGAUUUUAUUACUCGUAAUUAUAACGCAAGAACAUCGUAUGUAAACUAGCAACUGAUUAUUUCCAAAAUAUGACUUAGUUUUAACGAAAAUAAACGUGACAUACUUUAUUUGACCACUUUUCUUCCUCGAAUUUUAAAUAUCGCCUGACUUGUCGAAUCAUCUCGCUCCAUUACCAGCAAACUACGUUUCCUUGACUGUUGCUAGAGACCAAUCUUCACCAAUUUGUCCUAAUUUUUCAGCUCUUAUCUGUGUCGCUAAAAAUGUUCAAGAUUUGCCAAUAGCAUCAAUUUGUGCAUUUAUAUAUUUUCAACUUGCCUUAUCUUAUUUUAUUUUUACCUAUAGGUAUGACGUAAAAAAUCAGUCAUAUUUGUGAUGUAAGCAACAGCUAUUCUGAUAUAGGUACAAUCAGCACGCCAAAUUUAAUUGACUAUUUACCAGUGGGAGGCGUAUCAAUUACCACCAGCUGAACGUCCUGCUCGUCUCGUCCCUUACUGUCAUAAAAAAAAUUGAAUCCUGGAAUCCAUGAUGUUAACAACUGCCUUUGUUUGAGCCAUAAGCACCGAUAAACAAAAAAAGAAUCUGUAACCAAAUAUUAGAAUAAGUUGUUCGUGAUCUGGCAACCUGGAAAUGCCGGCGAGUGAAUUUCUAUUAGUUCGGUCCAUAUUGUAACAGUGCAUGUAAUAGAAAGUUAUUCACCGCUUCACGGGUAUGCAUUAACGCCAUCUAGUGACUGCCAAUGCUAGAGUGAUUGGUGUUCCAUGGAAGUUCUUGUGCAAAUAUAACCUUGUUGACUGCGUUAUUUUGCUAAUAUCAAUGUAUUAGAGUUCUUUCAACAUGGCAACCUUGCAGGUGAAUAAAACAUUGUUGUAAUAUUUAAAUAUAUGUUAUAAUGGACGAACCAGGUAUUUUUGCGAUAGUAGAAUUAAAUAAAUUACUAAAACAUUAAAAUUACAACAUUUCUGGUGCAAUCCUUUUGCGAUUAUUGCAAACCUAGUCUCUAGUUUCGGUUUAUUUCUUUGUUCUAAGUAAUCCCUUUUUAAAAUUUCUAAAGUUCGCAAAUAAUAUAAAUUCAAAACUUUGUCGUCAUUUAUUUAAUGGAAAUUAUUGUCUUCAGUUUUAUUAAACCUAAGCUUAAUAAGUAAGUGUAUUUAUUGUAUAUUAUAUUUAUUAUUUAUAAAUGUAUUAAUGAGUUAUAUAUUGUUGGUAUCCUUACUUUUUCAAUGAAACGUUAACCCAAAGGGCUAUUAAUAGUACAUUAGACUGAUAUGAUAGUUUACGAAUGUUAAGAAAAUUUUAAUUAUUUAUUUCUCGUUUUAUGGGUGAGGCAGUCAACUUAAUCUAAUAAAGUAUUUUAAUAACUAAAA